GCGGUCAGAGGAGGGAGUAUCCUGCUUAAAAUGAAAGGACUAAUAUUCUGUGUUUUCGCUGCUUUAAUGCUCACACCUGCUAAAGGUGAAGAGGAGGAGCCUGUAGAGCAGCUCUUGGAUUCAGUAGGCUUGGAGCAUGAAGAAGUUCUGCAAUGUUUUCAUUGCGAGCUCGGCUUCUGGGAUGCCUGCUACACCACGGAGACAAACUGCAGCCACAAGGAGGUCUGCUUCACUGGCCGAGGGAAGGCAGCGGACACUCUGGACGUUAAGACUCUGGGUUGUACGAAGGCGGAGGAGUGCGGUGUGGAGUCGACAGUGGAGCUCUUCUCGAACAAAACAUUCUUUAUCAUGACCAAACACUGCUGCGACACUCAUUUCUGCAACUCAGCACAUAAACUUCCCAUCAACACACUUUUUCAUGUCAUCGUAGCUCUUCUAACCACCUGGCAUCUGUCUGAUUGUUCAGCGGGAUCCCAAUGAAAGAGCUGCAUUUAUAUUUAUGCUGUCAGAACAGAAAAGAAAGGACUAUGUGAAGCCAUGCUGAAAGAACUUUGACCAUAUGGUGAAGAGAAUUACCAGGUUACUGUUUUCUUAUGCAGUUCAGAAGAUGACUUAAUUAGAAUCCACAAAUUAGAUAAUUAGAGCAUAAACAUCAGCAUAGAGAUAUUUAAUCCAACCAAUCUGUUUUUUUUCUGUUUGAC